AUGCUGCGGCGGACGAUCAGGGAGAGGAGGGAGUACCUCUACCGCAAGAACCUCGAGGCCAAGGAGCGCGUGCUCUACGAUAAGAAGCGCAAGAUAAGAGAGGCCAUCGCCGGUAUUAGGCUUGCUUUCGCCACCGUUUGGAUUCUCUCAUCCUUCCACCCUCUUCUUUCACUCUCUCUGACGAGUUCUGCCUCUGGUGUGUUUUGCCAAUGAGACAGAGGAGAGGCCGAUCCCGACAGAGCUCAGGAAUGAGGAAGCUGAACUUCGAAAGGAGAUAGAUCUUGAAGACGAGCAAACCGCAGGUAUGUUUGUUUUGCCCCAGCCAUCUCUUAAGUGGAAAUAUUUUAGUGUGCACGAUUUACGUUUUUGUUCAGCCAGGGAACAUUUCUGUUUGUUUAUUUCAGUCGAUUUAUGGUGCGUUUUGUUGUCUCGAUGUUUCAUCAUCGGAUAGAGCUUCUUCUUUUAAGGCCCAUUAUCCGUAUAAUCACUACUAGUCAUUGGCGUUCGGUUCUGUCCAUCUUUGUCAGACCCAGACAAUCUGUUAAACCAUGUCCUGCUUGCAUUCUCUUCGAUGUAGCCUGCGUCCUCCUGGUGAAUGCUAGAUUUUAUGCAGGAUUCAGCUGCAUAAGUUGGAAUUUUCUGAAUGUUCGAUUAUAUCUCUUAAUUUUCUUUUGUCUCACCCUGCUUAUUUGGGUUCACGUAAAGACCUCACCUUUUUCCUUCUUGUUCCUAGGAGAAUAUUGGCAUAUUAUGAACAGAAUCCACUAUUUACUUUAAAGGUUCCUAAUACGACUUUUCUUGUAAAUUGCUGGAUUCAGUACCGAGAACCCACGAAGAUGAUGAGUAUGCUAAUGCGUCCGAAAAGGACCCGAAAAUUCUCCUCACCACAUCCCGAGGUCCAAGCCAGCCCCUUACUCAGUUUGCUAAGGUUAUUAUCCAAUCCACCCCAUUGAACUCUUGAUAAUUCUUCUCGCACUGCUCGUCUCGUCCUACAUUAGGAUUGAUUUUGUCCCUUGUUAUUGCCACAGGAACUGAAGUUGAUAUUUCCUAACUCACAAAGAAUGAAUCGUGGAAGUCAGGUUGGUAGAAUCAAAGCACUUCAUCUUUAAUCGUAUUUCUAUUAAGUCUGUACAUUUCUGUGUUUUUUUAGAUGAGGCUUGUGAAUGUCUCCCGUAGCUGUCUUUAUGCUUGGCUAUGGGGUCAUGCCUUGUAGUGUCAAGAUGCACUCUAGCAUCUAAUAAUUUAAUGAUUUUUAUUUUAUCUUUUUAAUUUGAUUUUAGACGUCAAUCAACCUUCUGUGGGUCUUCUAGGAAUACAUUUCAUAUUAGUCUUAAUUUCCAAUAAUAAAAUGCGUUGUGGAGAAAAGGCGUUACUGGUAUCUUCUGACUACCCUUUGUUUUAUGCGUAUCUCCUCUAUUUCCCACUUCUUUUGAGAAAAUCAAAUAUAUAUAUAUAUAUAUAUAUAAUUUCCUUUUUUUGAGCUUACUAUUCUCUCUGAAUUAUUAGGAAUUGGACCAUAUGACCAACAGUGAUUUGGUUAACAGGCUUUGGGUAAACAGUGUCUUGAGUCUAUUUAGUGGCUUAAUGUGUUUAUUGUUAAUCGUGAUCAGUUCAAGACGCUAUGUUUGCAAUGCAACAAAUAAAGAUGAUCAGUGAUGUUACUGAGGAUCUACUGAUAUGAAAUAUUAAUAGCUUCCUGCUAUAUUUCGUUGAAAACAUACAUUUUUACUCUUUCGAGUGUUCAAGGAUAACUACUGUUAAUUUCCUUCUCUUCUAGGAUUUUCCCGUGGGCUGCAUUUGUUCCUCCUUCAUCAAAAUGAUGGCUUAAUAUCUCUAAAUAUCUAGUUAGAAAACAGAUUCAGAUUGCUUAAGAAUUACAUUAGAACCAUCUAAAUUUUACACCCGUGCUGCAUCUUUCAUAGUUUCAUCAAUUAAAUGCCCAGUACCCGAAUCCACCGCGCUAUAUUGGAUGGUUUCAAACUCUUCACUGUAAUUUUUUUUUCUUGAGAAGCUUUUACUUUAUUGCGGGGAAAUAUCAGUGGAAAAUACUUAAAUGUAUAUCAUUAAACUGAUAGCUCUCGGGGCUAGCUAAACGAAUUCCGUAACCCAGUAACCUCAGUGAAGGAACGAGUUCCUGUAUCGUUUUUCAUCAUAUAUGUUGUUCUCUUUGAGGCCAUCAGGUUUGUUUUUUGGAGUUCCAUGUAAUCCCAUCUAGCACUUCUUUAAAUAUUGUGGUAAAAAAAUUAUUCAUAUCAGCUUAGCUCGAACUGUCAUCCUAUGAUUAUUGUUGAGCAGUUUUGGUUUUGCCCUUUUUUUCUCGGCAGGUUAUAUCAGAAAUCAUUGAAGCUGCACGUAAAAGUGAUUUUACUGAUGUUAUCUUGGUGCAUGAGCAUCGUGGCAAGCCAGAUGGGUUAGUUGUCUGCCAUUUACCAUUCGGUCCAACAGCAUAUUUUGGAUUAUCUAAUGUGGUAAGUUGAAUGAACAGUUGUUUUUGUUCUUUUUACCAAUCUAUUUUCUCUUGUUGUAACGAACUCAUUAAUUUGUACCUUCAGGUGACAAGGCAUGAUAUUAAGGACAAGAAAGCGAUAGGAAAAGUCUCUGAGGUUUAUCCUCAUUUGGUUCUUCACAAUUUUUCAACUAAGGUAGGGGUGGCUCAGAGUAACUAGUAUAUUUUUUCUGUCUGUCUGUUUGCUCAUUUACUCUAUAUGCUUAUGGAAUCAUAUAGUAAAUGAGAGUAAUAUCAUAUCCUUGAGAUUGUCUGUAUCAGCCUCACAUGUGCAUGGAUUUCGUGAAAUUAUCACGAGGAAUGGUUUCUUUUUAAAUCGAAAGAAGUCCAAAUGUCAGCAACUAAUACUCUAAUUAGUUGAUGAUUGCAGUACCAGAUCUGAAGUAGUAGAUUUCGCUACUAUUCCUUUAAAUUUCGUAGUACCUUGUGAUAUCAGAAUGAUGAUAAGGUCAUGAUCCGCAGUUUACAGAGGUCGAUGUUGAAAGUUGACGAUUGUCAUCAAAUCAAUUAACGCGGCUAUCCUGGAUAUUGCCUGUUCUGAAUUUUGCAUGUGAAAGAGAGGACUGUGUGGUUUUUCUCUAUGCAAUGAAUUAAUCAUUUCAUUGUAAAAUAUGUUUCGUGAAUGGUUUAAAUUCGGUUCUAAAUGUUUUUCCUUCUUAUUUUUAUGAUUUCAAAUUCCAAAACAGAUCUCUUAACUUUCGAUCCCCUUCUGCGUUUUCAUGACUUUUUGCUGAGUAUUUAUGAUUCCUUUGAAUUCAGUAUUAUUUGCCUGAUAACGCAUCCUUCAUUUUAAAAAAUUUGCAGCUGGGUCAGAGAACAGCAAACAUCCUCAAGCACCUUUUCCCAGUGCCGAAGCCUGAUUCUCGACGUAUUUUGUCCUUUGUAAAUCAGUCUGAUUACAUCGUCUUCAGGUUGGUCAAUCUAUUUUUUUAUCUCCUUGAAAAGUAUACAGUCAGGUAUGCUAAUCUUUAUGAGGUACACCUGUUUCGGGAAUAAAGAUCAAAUGAUUGGCUCAGGAGAGAUGAUGGGGGGUACUGACCACCUGUAAAUAUAUUGCCCCAUAAUUAGUGAUACCUGUGUGCCUUUAAAAACGGGCGAACUGAGAUCUAUGCUUGUAUCUCUGGCACUCAACUUGGUCUCCCGUAUCCCUCUGUCUUCUUUCAUCCUGGACCUUCAGCAGACGCUGCCAAAAGGCAGCAGGUUCUUCAACAAUGAUUGUCUCACAGGAUUUCACUUGCAGGCAUCAUGUUUACCAGCAGCAGGGAGGGCCUGGGUCAAUAGAACUGAAGGAGGUUGGUCCGAGGUUUGAUCUGCUUCUUUACAAGGUGACUUUAUCAAUCCCAUUUUUUUAUAUUUUUCCUUCAUACCUUUCAUAUUUUUUAAGACAGGUGACUAAACCCACAUGCCUCGUACAUACCUAGAUCAAAUUGGGAACCCAUGAUCAGAGCGAAGCUCAGGAUGAGUGGGUCCUGAGGCCUUACAUGAACUCCACAAGGAAACGGAGGUACCUUGCAGAUUGA